CAAAUGCCUUUUAAGGGGAGAAGGAAAAUGCCUUAUCUAAAUUUCCAGUGAUGAAACAUUGAAGUCACAAAAUUGGGCAGGGUCACAAGACUGUUUUUGGUUUUUUUGCUUAUUACAGGACCUGGGCGGGGUCUUGUCUGGCUCAGUUCCUCCCUAAUAUCCGCACCUCCCAGCAGAAACCAUAAAUAGAUUGCUCUAAGGCAGCUCCUCAGCAGAGAGAUAUUGCAAAUUGCACAGAGCAAAAAAUUACAGAGACGGUUCCAGAUAUUCUAUUGUGUGGGAAGCAAAUACACGACAUCUGAGAGAUCGUCAACGACUUCAUUAAGAGGGGGCUGUGGGUGUGCGGUGUCUUGACAUUCCUUGGCAUUUAUCAAGGACCAUGGAGAGCAAAAAGAAAAUUACUUGUCCCCUUCUCUGUGCUGUUUCCAUUGCAGCCAUCGGAUCGCUCCAGUUUGGAUACAACACGGGUGUCAUCAAUGCACCUGAGAAGAUUAUUCAGGCAUUCUUCAAUCAAACAUUGGAGUUCCGGAGUGGGACCCCAACCUCCUCCAAGCUUCUGAUCUCGCUGUGGUCCUUCUCCGUUGCCAUCUUCUCCGUGGGAGGGAUGAUUGGUUCCUUCUCUGUUGGACUUUUUGUCAACCGAUUUGGAAGGCGGAAUUCCAUGCUACUGGUGAACAUCCUGGCCGUCAUAGGUGGCAUCCUGAUGGGCUUUUCCAAGAUGGCAAAAGCAAUAGAGAUGCUGAUCCUUGGCCGCUUUAUCAUUGGCCUCUUUUGUGGCCUCAGCACUGGCUUUGUUCCCAUGUACAUUAGCGAGAUCUCACCCACCGCCCUGCGUGGUGCCUUUGGCACUCUCAACCAGCUGGGCAUUGUUGUGGGCAUCUUGGUGGCACAGAUUUUUGGCUUGAAGGAGAUCAUGGGGAGUGAGAGCCUCUGGCCACUGCUUUUGGGGUUCACUAUUAUCCCAGCCAUCCUGCAGUGUGCUGCUCUGCCCUUCUGCCCUGAGAGUCCCCGUUUCCUGCUGAUCAACAAGAUGGAGGAAGAGAAAGCGCAAGCAGUUCUCCAGAAGCUCCGUGGUACACAGGAUGUGGCCCAAGACAUCCAAGAGAUGAAAGAGGAGAGCACCAAGAUGUCCCAGGAGAGGAAAGCAACAGUGCUGGAACUCUUCCGCUCGCCGAAUUACCGCCAGGCCAUCAUCAUUGCCAUCAUUCUCCAGCUCUCCCAGCAGCUCUCAGGCAUCAAUGCUGUGUUCUAUUACUCCACGGGGAUUUUCGAAAAAGCUGGUGUCAAGCAGCCUGUCUAUGCCACCAUUGGUGCUGGUGUGGUUAACACGGUCUUCACUGUCGUAUCGCUGUUCCUGGUGGAGCGUGCAGGGCGCAGGACCCUUCAUUUGGUCGGCUUGGGUGGCAUGGCUCUCUGUGCCAUUCUCAUGACCGUAGCUUUGACACUUAAGGAUGUUUUGAGCUGGAUUAGUUAUAUCAGCAUCGUUGCUAUCUUUGGCUUUGUGGCCUUUUUUGAAAUUGGCCCCGGUCCUAUUCCCUGGUUCAUUGUGGCUGAACUCUUCAGUCAAGGUCCCCGUCCUGCAGCUGUGGCAGUGGCUGGUUGCUCCAACUGGACCUCCAAUUUCUUGGUGGGAAUGCUCUUCCCCUAUGCAGAGAAAUUGUGUGGUCCCUAUGUCUUCAUCAUCUUCAUUGUUUUCCUGGUCAUCUUCUUUGUUUUCACCUUCUUCAAAGUCCCAGAGACCAGGGGCAGGACUUUUGAAGACAUUUCCAGGGGCUUUGAAGGACAAGUGGAAGGAAGUGGCACCAUUGCAGCAGUGGAGAAAAGCCCCAUGGUGGAACUGAAGGGCAUAGAGUCUGCUAAUGAUGUUACCUCAAAUAUUUAAUGCACCCCUUCUUGAUCCUUUUUCAUUGUUAAAGAAAUAAGCAGAGAGUCUUUCAAGGACUGGGCAGAGAUAUACGUCAGGAGAAAAUCUAGAACAAUUUAAAAAUUGCUGCUAUUUUAUUCUUCCCCUCGCACUACUCCCUUCCACAUUUCUGCCAAGCCCUGCCAGGGUUAAGAUGGUCCAAAGUGGGAAGGGCUCAUCUGCUUUCAACACUGGAGGGCAUCAGGAGCAAAAAUAACCUCAUCUCCACCUGUUAUGCACUUGAGGAGGAGAACAUAUGGGCAAUAUUUUUGCUGUUAUCACCUUUAAUUGCUCCUAGGGAUUAAGGUAUUUUUGUGCAUAGCAACCUCUUAUGUUUUUUAAACUUACUAUUAUUUUUGUAUAGUGAGCUAAAGCAACCAAACAACUCCACAGUGCCGGCUCUUCCCACUUUUAAUUCAGUUCCACUGUGUGUAUGCAGUAUUACACUGGAAUUUAAUGUAAUUACCAAAAUGCAAAAAGCCAUCAUGUCAUAUUUACUGUCUGGUGGGUGCCUCAGGAGAAGGAGACCAAGUUACCACAGAGGGUUCUUUUUCCCUUUUCUUUUUUGUACAGCUAGUCUGAAAGCUCAGUUUUACCUUGGUUUAUUUAUUUGUGUGUCAAUUUAGUUGUAAAUAUUUAUUUUUUUUAAUAUGUAAAAAUAUGUACAGAUAAUGAAGCAGAAGAUGUUUAUGAUAAAUAAUUAUUUUUAAGAGAUGAUGCUGUAGGUUUGAGGUGCAAUAAAACCGUAAAGCAGAAAUGUGGUACUAAAGAGAAAAAUUGCACUCAGGUUGUACAUGAAACGGAGCUGAUUAUGGCUCCAUUAAAGGACAUUUCUGUCCUCCAGACACAAAUUUAAAAAAAUUGAGUACUAGAGAGAAUAAGCAAGUGACAGUAUUUGUGUACAUUCUUGUGGGUCCACCAACAUUCUUAUGUUCUUCAGGAUUUUUUGGUGGCUAUGUUAAAUAAUGGUCACAAGAUUACUUGAAAAUUGCAGUAUUACAGCAAAAGGGCAUUGUUAUUUGACACUAUUUUCAGUCACGAUUAGUUCUUGUGGAGGCUGGGUGAUUAUUUCAGGCCAGACGCUCACUCAUCCAACCCUCAUUUCUUGAAAUUUGGCUUCUCUGUUCCUCUUUUCUAACAGUAAAGGAACUCUGAAAGAGACAGAUUGUAAUUUAAAGAGAUGUGUGUAUAAAAAAAAUUUCCAAAACUGUAUAUUCUUAUCAAUUGUUCGUAUAGUUAAACUUUAGACAAAUGUACAUAGCAUGAACCUUCUGGAUACAGGACUAGUUAUCCAAGACACGAAGGACUCUGUAAAGGUAGAAAUGAAGGAAUAGAGACCAAAGCUCCUGAACCUGAUAGCCAGACGGAAAGAUGUUUAGUCCAUGGCUAUAAUGUAAAUUUUUGCUACAGGGGCUGGGCUGUCCAUUCUGGAGGCUCCAGGGAAUACUGUAAUGUAUUGUGUGUGUGUGUGUGUGUGUGUGUGUGUACACUACUGCCCUCAACUAGAUGGGAUAUGUCAGAGACAUUCAGUUAAUGAUGGUCCCUCCUCCUGUCUCUUAGUUGCCAGAGGACUGAAAAGUUCCUUUAGCUUAGCAGAACAAGACUUAGUGCAUAUAGUACAUUUGAAUUGGAGGGUUGAGAGCUCUGUUUCACUGACUGGAAUACUCAGUAGGGAGAAAGAAGGAGAGUCCAGUGUGGUUAGGCCCAUUGACACUCCAUCAACAUCUGUGUAGGAAGUCCAAACUCAAACUCCAGCACUGAGCACCUCUGCAUUUUUGGAUUGAAACAAACUCUGGAUCUGAAUUAAUAGCCUGGGUCCAUUUACACCAAAGCUAGAAUUACAUGGCUGGACUUCAUACAACAUGCAGCUGGGAAGUUAGUAUGCCUGACCUCAUCCCAUAGCUGGCUAAAGAAAACAAAAAUACAACAAUAGUCCCCAAAUCAUCUGAGGGCAUAUCUUGGUUAUUGCCCCCAAGAACCAUGCCCGAGGUUCCUUACCAUGUAUUCUCCAGGGUUUGCUCUAGUCUGAGUUUUAAAUAACUCAAGUGAUGAAGUCUCCACCCCUUCCCUUGUGGACAAUGAUUGCAAAGUCCGGUAAAUUUUGCUGCUGGGAAAUAUUUCCUGUGAUUUGACAAGAACAUUUCCCUCCUCGCUCAAUUUCAUCAACUUACUCCUAGGUCUUCCACCCACACCCACCUUCCUCGGACUUCCUCUCCCUCCUUGCUGUUUACGUCUUUCAGAGUGUGUAGACGGUUAUACUCCCCUCUUUCAUCAUUUGGCUAAAUUAUAUAGAUUUCAUUCAUUUGAUUCUCCUCAUAACUCUGAUCCCUUAAUCAUUUGUGGAAGGUACAGCUUUCCGGUUGUAUGUCUGUAUCUAAGGAAAGGAAAUUCCCCUCCAGCUGGGCAUUAGAGCAUUGCAUACAGCACAUCAGGGAGUUUGUAUGAUGCCUUGGACUUUCACUCUAUCUUAGUUUGUCUCUUUCUCUCUCUCUUUCUCUAUGUCUGCAGUAUGAGUAUUGCCGAUGGAUUUUAUAUGCUUAAUUAUUAAUUUAUGAUUGUGUUACAUGUUUCUAAAAUAAAAACUGUGGAUGUAAAUAUUA